AUAGUUAGUGUACAAACACCCACGACUCAAUCACUUCAUUAAAAUUGCUUAUGAUAACACAUUGAAUACAAUGAAGAUUAAAGUAUUGAUGCUGUGUUUGGUGGCCGGUGUACACUCCUGGAGCCUCUGGGGGGAUUCUUCGAGGAUCGAGCCACAUGAAGAUGUUAGCCAGGAGUGCCGGCAGGCGGCGGCACAUGGCGACUGCGAGUUUUACCGUUGCCUUGAGCGGCGGUUUCCCUGCGGUCAUGACGGAUAUGCCCUCAACAUUGGCCUCCACUUUUGCACCCGAGCGGACGAGCUUCAUAGCCAGUUUACAGCCCAGGGUAAAUUAUUCAUGAACGGAUCAAAGACAUGUGUGACGUCGACCUUACUGCCGGUGUACGAGAGUUAUUCCGCACGCUGUGGCGAUAUUGAGGAAGAUGGAGCGAACGCGAUGCGCUCGUGCAGCUAUAACGAGUACGGAGGAAUGAGCUCGUGCACUUUUAUCCGCUCGAACAUGGACGUGUACAACCAGAUGUUGGGUGCGGACGAGGUUUCCAGGCUUAUGGGUCUUGGAAACGCAAGGCUGCUGGCUCGUAUAUUUGUGGAUGGUGCGCGGUGUGGGGCGACCGUAGCUUCUGAACGGUUUUUGCUCCUAGGCGGAACCAUCAACAACUUCCUCGGGAGCGUAUGGGAGAGCGCCGGGGAUUUCGCGGACGGCGUCUCCAGCUGGUGGGGCAACUUGUAGCUGGAAGCCUCAUUUAUUAUUUAUCGACUGUGAAAGGCUUUAUGCGGGAACUCAUUUAUAACCUUAUAACAUCUGAGCAUGUUUUGUUUUUAUUUAAAGUGAAGUGUCCUUAUCAAAGCUUCGAACCAUCACACCUUAUUUGUUUCUCCAUAUUACUAUUCAAUAUGUUCAAUUGUUUUAGUGUAUGCCAUUUCAGAACUCUUGACGGAAAUUGUCCAGAAUGUGUUUCAUUUAAUUGAGUAGCAGAGAAACAUCACACUGCACUCAGUCUUUUGUAAUAUCUUAUUGAUAUUUGAGAAAUUAAGGAAAUGUAAACAAAAACACAUAUCAAGGACAAGACUCAGUUCUGAACUAGAUAAAAUGAAUCCUCCCUUAGCACAAAAUACUUAAUACAUACUAAAAAGGUUUGUAAAAAGAGCAUCGAAAGUAUUGUUACAGAAUACAGAGUGACAAUAAAAAUAUAGAAACUA